GUGCCACUUUCAGGUCUCCUCACACACAGCUGGUGUGUGUUCAGUUUUUUGACAUAGGGUGCUGGCUGAUUACGGGCCCUCCCAUAGCUGCUGCCCAGGCCCCCUAGAUCACUGCCAUAUGGCCCACUAUAUUACCCCAGCCAUCCUCAAUGCAGUCUCGCCAAAGUCCAGAGUCUGUCAUGGGUCCCUGUUACCGGCCUCCCAUUUGCUGCUGUCUCCAUCGCCACAACACUCUGCCAUGGUGCCACUUUCAGGUCUCCUCACACUGCAUGGUGUGUUGAAUUUUUCUGACAUAGGGUUGCUGGCAGAUUAUGGGCCUCCUAUAGCUGCCUUUGCCAGGCCCGCCCCCCCCCCCCCCCCCCUCCUAAUCUGCCAUAGGCCCCCU